UUCUGUACCACGCCUAUUCUUGUUUUUGUUGGGUUCGGGAUGUUUUGAAAUUCAAAAGAAAAGGGCAAGAGGAAAUAAAGAAACCUCGGUUUGCAUUUCCACCACUUAGAAUCUCAGUUUUCGUUUUCUCAGAAACAAAAAUAAACACUGCAUUGUAAGUUCACAGUACAAAUGAAGCCAUGGGAACCAUCAUCGCCACGGUCGUCGUCCUCGUCAUCGUUCCCAUCACCGCUACCUUCCUCAUCGCCCCCAAAAGACUGGGACUACGACGUGUUUUUGAACUUCAGAGGUGAGGACACCCGCCACGGCUUCACGGACCACCUCUAUGCGGCAUUAGAUGGUGCCGGAAUCAGGACGUUUAGGGAUGCCGAGGGACUAAGAAGAGGGGAAGACAUAGAACAAAAAUUGAUGCAGAUAAUCGAAGAGUGUAGGAUCUCUCUAAUUGUCUUCUCAAAGAGGUACGGGGAUUCACGUUGGUGUCUUCACGAGCUGGUGAAGAUCAUGGAGUGUAGAAGAACACGGGGGCAGUUGGUUUUCCCAAUAUUCUAUCAUGUUGAUCCUUCUGAUGUCAGGCAUCGGAGGCGUAGUUUUGCAAUGACGUCAUUAGGAAAAUGGGAGACGUCAUUAGCUGCAUUUAAUGAUCUUCGUGAAGCUGCAUUUAAUUUUUCUGCUGGCGGGCGUAGUUGGAGUAAUGAUCUUCGUGAAGCUGCAUUUAAUUUUUCUGCUGGCGGGCGUAGUUGGCGUUGGCGUAAUGAUGGCGAGCGUAGUUGGCGUAAUGCUCUUCGUGAAGCUGCAAGUUUGUCUGGCUGGCAUCUUGGUAUUGAUGUGAGUGAAGUAGAGACUAUCAAAUGCAUAGUCAAGCAGGUUAGAAGCGGGCUAAACACUACAUACUUAAAGGAAGCCAAGUACCCGGUGGGAAUAGUCCAACACGUUGAAGUUAUUAGUAAGUGUUUAGAUGAUGUUCGAUCAGAUAAUAAUGAUGUUCGCAUGGUCGGAAUUUGGGGUAUGGCUGGAAUUGGCAAAACAGCAGUUGCAAAAGCCAUCUAUAACAAAUUCUAUCAUGGCUUUGACAGUAGAAGUUUCCUAGAAGAUGUUAGGGAAACUGCGAAGGGCCUACGUGGUCUUACUGCUCUGCAAGAAAGUCUUCUUUCUGAUGUCUUAAAACCUACCAAGAUAGAGGUAGGUAAAGUUGACAUAGGGAUCAAUGUGAUAAAACAACAACUUGGAAGGAAAAAGGUACUUGUCAUUUUUGAUGAUGUGAACGAUCAGGAACAAUUAGAUGCAUUAGCGUGUGAACGUGACUCCUUUGGUCAAGGCUCCUUUGGUCAAGGAAGUAUAAUUAUUAUAACAACAAGAGAUCGACUUUUGCUUCAGCAACUGCAAGUGCAUCUUAUAUAUCCGAUUCGAGAAAUGCCUGAAGGAUCCGCUCUUGAGCUCUUCAGUAGGCAUGCAUUUCGAGAUCUGUGGCCGCCUCUAGGAUUUUCUGACCUCUCCAGAAGUGUGGUUGCUUACUGUGGAGGUUUACCUCUGGCUCUUGAAGUUUUAGGGUCUUUUUUCUUUGGAAAGGAGAAGGGAGCAUGGAAAUGCACAUUGGAUAAAUUAAAAAGGUUUCCUGAUGCCAAAAUUCAGUCAAGGCUCAGAAUUAGCUAUGAUGCAAUGGAUUGGAACCAGAAGGAGAUAUUCCUCCAUAUAUCUUGUUUCCUCAUUGGAAUGGACAAGAACCAUGCCAUACAAAUACUUGAGGGCUGUGAUCUUUCCGCAGAAUCAGAUAUCAGUGUCCUUCUUCACCGUUCCCUUCUUACUGUUAGUGAAAAAAAUAAGCUCAUGAUGCAUGAUUUGCUUAGGGACAUGGGCAGAGAAGUUGUUCGUUUAGAAUUCCCUGCACUCCCUGAAAAGCGUAGUAGAUUGUGGCAUCAGGCAGAUAUAAUAGAUGUACUCACUGAAGAUUCUGGAACUAAAAAGACCCAAGGACUUGCUCUAAAUUGGCUUAGAUCUGACAAGUCGAGUUUCAGCACAGAAUCAUUUGGAAAGAUGAGACUGAAAUUGCUCCAACUCAACUAUGUACAGCUCACUGGAGACUGCGAUAAGUUUGCCAAAAAGUUAAGAUGGCUCUGCUUGCGAGGGUUCUCUAAAGAGAUCAUACGCAAUGAGUUUCUUAAUGGAGGAAACCUGGUUUCCAUCGACCUGCGGUACAGCAAUCUCGUACGAGUUUGGGAGUAUUCAGAGGAGCUUAAGACACUGAAGAUACUUAAUCUCAGUCACUCACAUAACCUAACACAAUCACCGGACUUUUCAAAUCUCCCAAAUCUCGAGUAUUUGAUACUGAAAGACUGCAAGAGUUUGUCAGAGAUUCAUGAGUCUGUUGGACGUCUUGAAAGACUUGCCGUGGUUAAUCUCAAAGGCUGCAUAAUGCUCAAGGACCUUCCAAAGAGUUUUUAUGAGUUGCAAUCAGUCAAAACUCUUGUUCUUUCUGGCUGUUCGGGAUUUGCGAAUUUGGAUGAGGAUAUAGGGAAUAUGAUAUCAUUGAGAACUCUUCUCGUAAAUGGCACAUCCAUAACUGAGAUACCAUCCUCUGUACAAACACUAUUGCCUCGCCUGGACUUUUCAUCUCGAGACAGCUUGAAACAACAGACCACAGGACCUAGCCAUGACUAAUCUGAUGAGGGCGACCUUCAAAGAGAAAUGAUAGGGUUAUAAAGCUCGGAGUCGGAGAAGCUUGCAGAAAUCUCUGUUACCAAUGAAGACCUCAUCGUGACUGCACGAAGGUGUCUCUCAUGAGCAUGAAUGCUGACGUUUUCUUGUUUAGGAUUUGCUUCUCUCCCAAUCUUAUCAACCUCCGCAAAUAGCUUGUUAAAUCCCUUUCUCUGACUCUCGGUUCUUAUAUUGCUGUCAAAGGAUUGGUAUUUGGUACCAUAUCCUUAUAAGUUGUAAGGGCAGGUUCAUAACAGUAUUUGUAAUAGCAAUAUUAAGUGGCUAAUGUACAAUUGUGGGAGUUUCAUUCAAAUUGCAAUGUACAGGGUUUGAUGCAUCCUUGUCAGCAAUCAAUCGAUUCUUAGAAAUCUGAACUGGAACUCCUGAUUUUAAGUGUUUGAUUGAUGGCGAGUGUUGGGUUAGGAUCGGUCGGAAUUGAAGAGUUUCACCACAAAGAGACCUGGGAGAAUUCAGAGAGAAAUUGCAAUUGCGCUUGUGAGUGGACUGAAGUGGAACUUGGACGGUCAAAGCACAGUUGUGAACGUCGGCGCCUUAGACCGGUGGUUUCGUCAGCCCCACACGCUGUCUGAAAAAUAGCCUUAAUCUGAAAUUUGAGUUGCGUAGCAAAAGUCAAACAGUCAACGUGGCAAGAUAGCCGAUUGGAAAUGGAAAUGGAAAUGGGUCAGGUUUAAGGCCCAAUAACUUUCAUGGUGCAAAAAACAUAUAAAUUAAAGAUUAAUGUUUCAUGGUCUCAUCUCCACUCUGUAGUAUUACUAAUCUCUUGAAUCUGUCCGGUACCACCACCGCCGAUGGUGGCGAUGAUGGAGUGGAAGAAGAUAGAGACAGUGGUGCGGCCAAUGAAGUGGACACCAACGAGGCUGGGGAUGGACGGGAAAGGAACGAUGGAAUCGUAAGUAGGCGCGCGGAAGAGGUUAUGGAGAGACGCAGAGCUUGUGGAUGCGGAGGGCUAGUGCUCCUGCUUCAAUGGAAAUGACUGGAAAAUUGAAUUAAGAAGAGAAGCAGACAGAGUUUGGAAUUUUGUUUUUUGAUGUGUUUGAUUUGUAGAAAAGUAACAUGAUGGGAGUGGAUAACUAAUUUGAAGUAAGGAUCAUGAUUUCGCAAGCACUGUUUGUGAUUUGUCCCCGAAACUGCAGGAGUACCUGAACUUUGUCAAGCACAUCAUGGUGAUGAAGCUACUGUUCCACUAAAGGAGAAGUUACUUGAAUCUUGUAUUGAGCUUCGCCCUCUUCUGAUCACCUCCCACAGCAGACUAAAAGAUAUACUGUUCCUUGAUCUUGCUUUGGCUUCAGCUGUCAAAACAACAUGGAAAGGGGACUCACAGAUCUACAUUUUUCUAACCCACCGGUCAUCAACCCAGUUGAAGUGCAGGGUAUUAUAGCUUCGGUUAAUGAGCUAAUUAGUAUUUUUUUGUGUGUUAUGUACAUACACUACAGAGGCAUCACAAUUGUUGGGCAAAAUCUUGCAACAUAAGAUUUUUGAGAGGAAGGGUGCCAGCAUGGAUUAAAAUUCCCAUGUCAGUUGCGAUACCAUUUGGCCUUUGGAAAGGUCCUAUCAGAAGUAUGUUAAUAAUUAAGGUAUAGCAUAUAAGAUUUCUUCAUUUUACAAAUGUGUGAAGAGCGGUGACCUCUCUAAACUUCAAGCAAUACAAGAAACUAUUGUACAAAUGAAUGCUCCUCUUUCUUUGACCCAUCAACUUAAGAGCAUAAUGAAGAGUACUUCAAGAAUACCUUGGCCUGGUGAUGAAGGUGAUGAGAGGUGGAAUCAAGCUUGGUGUGAAAUAAAGAAGGUUUGGGCUUCAAAGUGGAAUGAAAGAGCUUUUAUUAGUUGUAAGAAAGCUAAACUAGAUGAUGAGGAUAUAUGCAUUGCUGUAUUGAUUCAAGAAAUCAUCUGUGCCGAUUAUGCCUCUGUUAUUCACACAAAGAAUUAAUCCCUUGUCAGGGAAUACUGCAGAAAUUUACACAGAGAUAUUAAGGGCUUGGGGGAGACUUUGUGGGUGCAUAUCCUGGACGAGCCAUGAGCUUCAUAACCCAAAAAGCCACUCUAAACUCUUCUAUUGUAGGAGAAACUUUUAAUAUAUCAGAUGACAACAUUUGCGUCGUUCACGAAUUGACAUCUCAAGCAUGAAUAUGGCUCUCAGGUUAAUUGUUAUCCAAGCAAGCCAAUAGGGCUGUAUAGCAAGCAGUCUAUCAUAUUCAGAUCAGACUCAAAUGCUGAGGAUGUGGAAGGAUAUGCAGAUGCUGGGCUUUAUGACAGGUUUGUCCUAAACUUGAAUUUAACAAAAUGAAUGAAGUAAAGAACGAAGAGUUCCAUCUUUUCACUCCUGGACUGGAUGAGUCGGCUUCAGAAAGUUACUUAUUUUUUAGUUACAUAUGGAGGGUUUUUAAGACUAGAAAAACCUAGGAUAUCUCACAAUUAAUUGGCAUGAUGCUGUGGUUCAAAGUUCAAACCAUCCAGUCUUAUGUAAUUGAAAUGACCAGUCAGUCAUUGGUUACUUCUCUUUGCCAUUGAUCAGAAGUAGUAGUUAAGUUCAAGUAGAUUCAUUUUGUUUAGCCUCGACAGUCGACUUUCCACAAUCACUUGGUAUAGGUGCAAAGAGGCAAUUUGACCAUUUCAGUUUCUGCAUUCUUUGUAAAAAGCCAUAUAUUUGAAAUGGAAGAAUGUGUUCAAAGUAUUCUUUUGUCUUGCCUUCUUUCCCAAAGGGAGCCAUAUAAUGGUUGUCAUAAUGCCUCAGUGUAAUCAUGGAUAAGGAGGAGAAGAUUGUAUUGGAUUACACAAGCGACCGGAUGAUCAUUGAUAGGGCCUUCCAGGUUUCACUCUUCUCAAGAAUUGCAGAGUUGGGAAAGAUAUUAGAAGGCCUUUUUGGUUGUCCUCAGGACAUUGGAGGAGCGGUAAAAGAUGGAUUGAUAUAUGUAGUUCAGUCAAGGCCACAAAUCUAACCUUCAGCUACCGCAGGUUACUAUUUAUUCUGAAAAUAAUGAAUUUUCUAGGUAAGAGUCUGAACAUUCAGUUAGUUUGGUUGAACAUUCAGUUAGUUAGGUUGAACAUUCAGUCAGUUAUAAAUAUAAAUAUAUACACACGCACAUAUAGAUAUAUAUUUGUGUGUGUGUUUAUAUAUAUAUGUGUGUGUUAUAUAUAUAUAUAUAUAUAGGGGCGGGUUCUGAAGCGGACGUCCGCACUUGGCUAAAGUGCGGACGGCGACGCAGCGGCGGCGUUCCAGGCUGCGACGGCGGCUCGGGGCUUGGCGGACGGAGGCCGGAGGCUUGGUGGACGGUUCUGGGCAACGUUCGAGGUCGGAGGAGGUCGGAGUUGCAGGUUUCUGGGCAGCGAGCUCACCUGCAACUGCAGGUUUCUGGCCAAGGCUGCAACCACGUCGCCGGCGACUCCACCGACUGCAGACCCUUCCGUUUGACCCGUGGCGUCCGUCCGGCAAGCUCCGCCGCUCCGUCGCACCCCGAGCCGAGCUGCAGCAGCGCCGUCCGCACUUUAACGAAAGUGCGGACGUCCUCUUUCGAACGCUUUCCUAUAUAUAUAUAUAUAUAUG